AAAGAAAGGGAAAGUUGUGAGGCAAGCAAUUAGCAACCCAAUCAAUUCCUGACAUUAACAGCACAUUCGAGGGUAAAAGCCCAAAUCCGAAGACAAUAGGAACGCCGACGAGCAGAGAACGAAAUCGAGAGAAGAGAAUGGGGAAGCCACUUGGACCGACGGGGGAAUUCUUCAGGAGGAGGGACGAGUGGAGGAAGCAUCCGAUGCUUAGCAAUCAGCUACGGCAUGCCACUCCGGGGCUGGGAAUCGCCCUCGUGGCCUUCGGCAUCUACCUGGUCGGAGAGCAGGUCUACAACAGGGUUUAUGCGCCUUCAUCCUCUCAUCAUCAGUCUCAAUCUCAUUGAGAUCAGGUGGGCGGUCAGUGGAAGAACGAAGUUUGGACAUCCUCGCGUUUCAGUCUCCCUUCUGUAGUUUGCUGUAAUAAGCUCCUUACUGACAUAAAAUGAAUUGCUUUAAGUUUGAAUAUUGAACUUUUAGUGGAGCUGUUCUUUAGAUGCUUGAUCAUUUUCCUCUUCAUGUUGGUAUGUCAAAAUGUGGUGACCUUACUGUUACAAAUGUGUUGGUUAAUAUGAUUUUCCGACUUUCCAUUGAAGUUA